AUGGCUACAGCUGCUGAGAACGCCUCACCGAUUGGCAUUGCCAAUCUCCCCAACCAGCGACACAAGAUUGUCGCGAAGCGUGGUGCUAGCUUCACCAUCAUGGUUGCUGGCGAGUCUGGUCUCGGCAAGACUACCUUCAUCAACACCCUCUUCUCCACCACCAUCAAGAACUAUGCCGACCACAAGCGCCGCCACCAGAAGCAGGUUGACAAGACCGUCGAGAUCGAGAUCACCAAGGCCGAGCUCGAGGAGAAGUUCUUCAAGGUCCGACUGACCGUUAUCGACACCCCUGGUUUCGGCGACUAUGUCAACAACCGCGACUCUUGGAUGCCCAUCAUCGAGUUCCUCGACGACCAGCACGAGUCUUACAUGCUUCAGGAGCAGCAGCCCCGUCGCCAGGACAAGAUCGAUCUCCGGGUCCAUGCUUGCCUGUACUUCAUCCGCCCUACCGGCCACACCCUCAAGCCCCUCGACAUUGAGGUCAUGAAGCGCCUUUGCUCGCGCGUCAACCUGAUCCCCGUCAUCGCCAAGGCCGAUACCCUCAGCCCUGCCGACCUGGCCAAGUUCAAGCAGAGAAUUGUCUCUGUCAUUGAGGCCCAGAACAUCAAGAUCUACCAGCCCCCGAUCGAGGAGGACGAUGAGGCUGCUGCUCAGCACGCUCGCAGCCUCAUGGCCGCCAUGCCUUUCGCUGUCAUCGGUUCCGAGAAGGACGUCAAGACUGGCGACGGCCGCAUCGUCAAGGGUCGCCAGUACUCUUGGGGUGUUGCCGAGGUUGAGAACGAGGACCACUGCGACUUCAAGAAGCUCCGCUCCAUCCUGAUCCGAACUCACAUGCUCGAUCUCAUCCACACCACUGAGGAGCUGCACUACGAGGCCUACCGCGCCCAGCAGAUGGAGACUCGCAAGUUCGGCGAGGCCCGACCCCGAAAGCUCGACAACCCCAAGUUCAAGGAGGAAGAGGAGGCUCUCCGAAAGCGCUUCACCGAGCAGGUCAAGAUCGAGGAGCAGCGCUUCCGACAAUGGGAGCAGAAGCUCAUCUCGGAGCGCGACCGCCUCAACAAGGAUCUCGAGCAGACCCAUGCUCAGAUCAAGCAGCUCGAGGCCGAACUCGAGUCCAUGCAGGGCAGCGCUGUCCGCAGCCACGGCCGCCGCUAAGCGCAACCUGGCGGAUGGUUAUGCGUGCAUGCGUGGCUGCAGUUGGACAGUCGUUUUUUCAUGCUUCUUUUAUUUGUGGCUCCAGUUUGGGGUUUGGAGUUGAAAAUGAAAGGUUCGAGAAAUACCACACGAAGAGGAAAGGGGGACCGAGUUCAUGGAUAUACCUGCUCGCUCUUCCUACGGAGACAAGGGGGAGUAGCCUUGCUGGGACUGUUUUCAUGGCCACGGCAUGGCUGUGUAGGAGUUAUGAUUCCCUCCCCAUGAUUUUGUUUGUCCCUUGGUUGCGCCGGUAGCUCACGCCAGAAGUACGAGACCCCCUUGAGCGAACAAGACGUAUGGAGAAUGCCUUGAUAGUCUUGCCUUUUUUAUUACACCUUUUUACUAG